AUGAUACCAAGAUUUUAUAAUAAAAAAAUCAAGGUUGGGUUUUUAAUAUUAACAUUUUCGUUAAUUAUAUUCUAUAUACUAAAUGUUAACAUUAUAAAUAAUGAAAUAAGUCAAGAACUAUUAGAAUCUCAUGCUUUAUACCAAAGUAAACGGUCUCCUUUUAAUCCGAGAUAUUCAACUAACGAAGUAUUCAACUAUAUAAAUAAUGAAGAAACCCCGAUUGCAAGUAAAUUAGGUGACGGGAUUGUUUUCCACUGGGAUGACUGGGUAGACUUAUCAUCUGGAGAUAAAAUCUUGAAUAAGUAUAAAAAAAAUAAUCCAAAUGGUGAAUGUGAUGAAUUCUUGAAAAAAUAUGCUAGUGUUAAUGGAUAUUACAUGGAAUCUUAUAAUAAAAAGAUUUAUCGAGGAAUGUCAAAUUUAUAUUGUUUAAAAGAAAUACCAUCGAAAAUUAUUGCGGUUAGUGAUGAUAAUUUUGUUGAAAUCCCCGUGAUUAAUAAAUUAAGAAUUGGUUUAAAUAAUGAAACCAUCCAUAAACAACCAACAAAACAUGAUUUAAUUAAUCAAAUAUCAAGAUUUGAUUCUAAACCAAACGAAAAUUUUCAAAUUUUCAAAUUUAGGCAUUUACAAAAACAAAUUGACGUUAAAGCAGAAGACUUUGUCUUCAAUCCAAAUUUGGAAAUAUUCAAAUUACAGAAGAAACUAAAUGAUGAUUCAAUUACCAAUGAUGAAUUGAAUUAUCUUAAAUUUUUAGAAUACGCAGAUUCAAUUGUGGAUUCUGCCGAUCGUUUCUUUAAAUACCCUUGGAUUUAUUCCGAUGUGGUUAAGGGAAGAUCUCAUCACUUGGCUUAUCCUUUUUUCAAAAGAUUCAUUGGCGAUCGUGAACGUCAAAGUGUCAUUCAUCAUAUGGUUAGAGCUUGGUUUAAAUUUGCUGAAGCAAAUAAUUUUGCUUCUUGGGUUAAUUACGGCUCUCUUUUAGGUUGGGCUUAUAAUGGAGUGAAUAUGCCUUGGGAUACCGAUAUUGAUAUUCAAUUACCAAUUGCCCAUUUAGAUCGUUUAGCAAGAGAAUUUAAUCAAUCUUUAAUUUUAGAAAAUCCAAGAUAUGGUAAUUCAAAAUAUUUAUUGGAAGUUAGUCCAACUUAUAUAAGACAAGGUAAUGGUCGAAAUUUUAUUGAUGCUAGAUUUAUCGAUAUAAAUAGUGGUCUUUAUAUUGAUAUCAGUGCUUUAAGUCAUUCUAACUUUAAUCCUCCAAAAGAAUUUUAUAAUGAUUUACCUUGGGAUCAACAAGUAGACCAUUCAAAAGCAAUGUCGAUUCAUUGUAAAAAUUGGAAUUGGCAUUCCCUAGAAGAAAUCUUACCUAUUCGUCAUACUUGGUUUGAAGGUGCUUCAAUUUAUAUCCCCCAUAACGUUUCUAGAAUUUUAACUAGAAAAUACGGUAAAUCUUCCUUCACUACAAAAUCUCAUUUUGCUAAUCAUAAUUAUCAAAAAGAUAUUAAUAUGUGGGUCCCCGAUGAAAUUUGUUCAAAGUCUCCCUCGUUAAAUAAUCGUUUCCAAAAUUUAAACCAAACUAAAUUAACUCUUGAAGGUGCUUGUAAUAAUCCUAUUUUACAAGAUGAAUAUCAAAUCAUUGCUGAAUGUGCCCAUCGCCAUUUAAAAACUAAUAUUGACGUAGAUCAUUUCACCGAUUAUGAUAUCCUGAAAUUAAAUGAUUUACCUUUAUUUCGUAAAGAUUCUUGGGAUUACUUCAAUGAUUUAAAUUUAGGCUUGGUUAAUACCGAUCGUUGGUAUGUUCGUGAUGAUGUUUUAUGA